AUGUGCAGCGGAGCCGACGGAGGCUCCUGGCCGCUGGCCAAAGACGCGCCCGCCGUCACCGCCGCCGCGAUAGAUCACUACCGACUCCAACUUUACAACUACGCCGUCGCUGAGCGUUUCCGUUUGUAUUCGCCGGUUGCACCGUGCUAUGGACCGUAUGCUCCACGCCUCGCGCUUUCCAUGUCGCUGCUUCAACAGCGAGCGCUGCAGCCCGAAGAACCAAAACCUCAGCACAGUUAUAUUGGUCUCAUUGCGAUGGCAAUCCUCAGCUCGCCGGAACGUAAACUUGUCCUUUCUGACAUCUAUCAGCAUAUUCUUGACAACUAUCCCUAUUUUAGAACGCGUGGUCCCGGCUGGAGAAAUUCUAUUCGACAUAACUUGUCGCUUAAUGAUUGCUUCGUUAAAGCAGGGAGGUCGGCCAAUGGAAAAGGACAUUAUUGGGCGAUUCAUCCCGCAAAUGUCGAAGACUUCAGAAAAGGGGAUUUUAGAAGACGUAAAGCUCAGAGAAAAGUGCGAAAACAUAUGGGAUUAGCCGUGGACGAUGACGGUGAGGAUUCUCCGUCGCCUCCGCCUCAUUCUCCACCACCGACAGCUUUGCCUAUGCCUUUUUGGGGCAGCGGAAGAGUACCAGCAGGCACACAAGCCCGUAAGCGGCAAUUUGAUGUUGCAUCACUACUUGCGCCUGACGAUGCACCAGAGAAACGCGAGCGAAGAGAUAGUAGUGGAGAAGAUGAGAUUGAAGAAGAUAUAGAUGUAGUAGCAAGUGAUCAGGAAGAAAUGCGAUCGAAUGAUGAAGAAAGUCGGGUGCCAUUGACGCCAGCAGCGCAUUACCCGCUGCUCGGUGGCUGGUGGCCGGCGCUCAACCCCACGCUCCUCCAGCAGUUGCGUCGGCACGCUGCACCACCUCACUCUCCAGCGCCCCCCAGCCCUCCGGAUCAACAACGCCCACCGGAUACUUAA